GUGUGUGUGCGUGCGUGUGAGUGCGCGCUCGGGUGUGUGGACAAGGAGGUGGGGGCAGACGAGUUAGAGUCCCAACUCCUUGGACUCCAUUUGCUAUUCUUUUCUUUCUCCCCCACACCGAUCUGGUGGUAGUGGGCGUUUAUAUUUGUGAUUCUUUUCAUUCAUUUCCUAAUUUUCAAACAUUUUAGGGUUGAGGGUAGUGGGAGCAGCGGGCGAGGAGAAGGAGAGCGGUGGCAGAAGAGCAGGAGGCGGACAUGGAUAUGAAGAAGAAGAUUAACCUGGAGUUACGGAACAGAGCCCCGGAGGAGGUGACGGAAUUGGUCCUUGAUAAUUGCCUGUGUGUCAACGGGGAAAUUGAGGGCCUGAACGACACUUUCAAAGAGCUAGAAUUUCUGAGUAUGGCUAAUGUGGCACUACGUUCCCUGGCCCAGCUUCCCAGCCUAAGUAAACUUCGGAAGCAAAAUCUUAAAAAUUUGAAAAGUCUGGAUUUGUUUAACUGUGAGAUCACAAACCUGGAAGACUACCGAGAAAGCAUCUUUGAACUGCUGCAGCAAAUCACGUACUUAGAUGGGUAUGAUCAGGAGGAUAAUGAAGCGCCAGACUCAGAAGAGGAGGAUGAUGAAGAUGGAGAUGAAGAUGAUGAAGAUGAAGCUGGUCUACCCGAAUGGUGUGAAGAGGAAGAGGAGGAAGAUGAGGAUGAGGAUGAGGAGGAAGAUGAAGCAGGCUCAGAAUUGGGAGAGGGAGAAGAAGUGGGCCUCUCAUACUUAAUGAAAGAAGAAAUUCAGGAUGAAGAAGAUGAUGAUGACUAUGUUGAAGAAGGAGAAGAGGAGGAAGAGGAAGAAGAAGGUGUCCGGGGGGAGAAGAGGAAACGGGAUGCUGAUGAUGAUGGGGAGGAGGAAGACGACUAGAUCGCUCGGGGACCACACUCCCUUGCACUCCGAGUGUGCAGUAGGGUGAUCACAUCUUUGUUUCCUCGUGUAUGAUAGCUGUUCCCUGCAGAAGAUAACGUGUAACUUUUAUAGGAAAAGUGUGGUUUUACUAUUUUUGCCUUAUCAUUCCAAUUAAGAUUUACUAGUCUGUUAAUGAUCAGAUUGUAUGUAGAGAAAAAUUUUCAUUGACCCCUCCCACCAUUGUGAAAUUCUCUAGCAAUUUAUUUAGAAUCUUAAUUUUUCUAAUACAAGCACACUGUCUUAGUCAUUUGUAGCCCGUGACUAAAUAGGAUCACUCUUACACAGGUGUAGUUUGGUGCAUUUCAUUCAUAAGGUUUUAAAGUUAUUUAUAAAUUAACUGAAAUUACAGUCAGCUGUAAUAUGAGAUGACCAUAGUCUCUUGAAGGAUAAGUUGAUUAUUUUUUUAGAAAUGAUUCAGAGAUCUUUACUUUGAAGGCAGUGACUUUGGCUAAGGGUAUUGGAUGCUUGUUACAGAGUCCAGUUGGAAAGUGGAUGCAGGACAGUGCAGGUCCUGCUCAGUGAUGUAUUUCGUGGAUUUUGGGGGUGCUAUUCAGUGAUUAAUGUAGUUUAUGGAUUUUGUGAUGAUGGAGAAGAUUUUAUUUUUGAAGGAAAGUUUGCUCAUACUAAGUCCAGAGACACGCAGUGAGCACUCCGCCCAGACACUUGUGGCCAUUUGUUCUGUCAGGAGCAUCCUUCUGGGUCGCUUCUGUGCUCCCCUCCCCUGCUUGUCCAUGCUGUCCCGGAAGAAGGUCAGACGCCUUGCAGAGCCCCAGAAAACCUUAGUUUCGUACCUCAGCCACUUUCAGACCUGGCUGGGUUUUAAUAAGUGAAGUGGAAGAAAUUGAGAGUUUUUUCAGGUCUGAAUGUUGCUGAUACAGUUUUAUUCACCAGGUUCUGCUUACGUAAAUGCUUUUCGGCUGAGGACACGGGAGACCAUUGUUCGGAGGACAGAGAAAGGAAGGGACUGGGAGGCUUUUGCAGGGGGCGUUAGUGUUUCUCAAAAGCCUGGACAGUUGCCUGUUGAUAAUUAAAUUUAAAUUGGCUUUUCAAAGGUCUUGGACACCAACCCUGCGAAGUAUUUAUAGUUUUUCUGAGUAGAACUUUAAUUAUUCUUGCUAUAGUUUCAACGCAUUACCAGAUUUAUAACAUUAUUGGAAUAUGGUAGGUAGUUGGAAAAAUAUUUGAAACUAAAUUGACUUUAAGAUGGAUUUUCAAGCUGAUGCUCAUUACAGUAGAACAGCCUUGAGAGAAGUGUGGGUCGAAUCUGGCUGCCAAGCAGAGCUGAACGAGGAGACAAGCCCUGCUCCCUUUUUGUCAAGGCGGCUUCAUGUCCAAGGCAGUUGUGCUUUCUUCAUCUUGGCAUCUGAAAGUUUUUCUCUUUGAAUAUUUGUAAAUUUUUAAAAAGUGUCAGCAAAUUGAAGUUAUGCUUCUCUACUGGGACACAUUUAAACCAGUAUGGUAUUGCUGCUGCUUUUUUAGUUUAAAAUGGAGGACUUGGAGUUUUAAAGUAAAAAUUAUGAAGUUAUUUGUGGAGAAACUAAAAACAUUGCAAAUUGGCUGAAAACACUGGGGAUAAAUUUAGCGAGGGCCUGGAAUCUCCAGAAGACUAAAACUUUUCUCCUAUUUUCACCGUUGGAAUGUCUCAGCAUUCUCAUUGAUACUAUGCCAUCAAUAAGUACAAAAUACUUAUUUUUAAAAUUAAAUCUAUAUAUUGACUUUCUUACCAAUCAUUUUAUUGUGCAAUCAUAAUUAGAGUUCUUUGGUUUGACAACAACACUUAGAGCCUCCAGAUAAUUGUUAAGACUUAUGUAGCUUUGUGGGUGGUAUUUUCAUGCAAAUAAGUAAGGGUGGGUUUUAUAUUUUGUAGAAGUUUUGGGUCCUAUUUUAAUGCUCUUUGUAUGGCAGUAUGUAUAUAAUGUGUUAAAUUCCUCAAGAACCUCUCCUUAAAAACUUUGAAGUUAAUACUUUUGUGCAACCGUGUUUUGAAUAAAGCCAUGACAGUGUUAAAAACAAAUUUUAAAAAUGCAGUACUCCUGAUCAUUCUUUUAUUGUUUCUGACUAGUCCCUGUUUUUUCUGUGACUGCUGUAACUUAAAGUUUUUGAAACUGAAUUGCUUCAAAUAAACUGAAGAUUUGUUAUAAUGA